AUUUCUUCUCUAGCCUGCAAGCUGUGUGCUCUCCGAAGGUUUUCCCUCCAGCCUGCCCAGCAGAAGGUGGUUCCAAGGAGGUACCUGGGCCAGCCCAGCCCCUUCACUCACCCCCACCUCCUCAAACCAGGAGAGGUGACCCCAGGGCUGUCCCAGGGGGAAUAUGCCCUUCGUCGACACAAACUGAUGGCCUUGAUCCAGAAGGAAGCCCAGAGCUGGGGUGGAUUGGACCACACAGUGAUUCUGCUCUCCAACCCCACCUACUACAUGACCAAUGACAUCCCCUACGUUUUCCACCAGGACACUAACUUCCUGUACCUUUGUGGGUUCCAGGAGCCUGACAGCAUCCUGGUGCUGCAGAGCAUUCCUGGAAAAGCUUUGCCCUCCCACAAAUCCAUCCUGUUUGUGCCCCGGAGAGAUCCCAGCAGGGAGCUGUGGGAUGGGCCCAGGUCAGGCACGGAUGGAGCCAUUGCUCUCACUGGAGUUGAUGAAGCUUACACCAUCGAGGAGUUCAGACACUUGGUGGCCAAGCUGAAAGGUGAGUCGAGUGUGGUUUGGUACGACGCGGCAAAGCCGGUGCAUGCGGAGCUCCACGCUGACCACCUCCAGCCCCUGGCUGAGCUCAGGGCCCAGAACAAGACCCACGUCCAGGGCAUCCGACACCUGGUGCAGAACCUUCGGCUGGUCAAGUCUCCUGCAGAGAUUGAGAGGAUGAAGAUAGCUGGGAGGGUGACAGCAGAGGCUUUCAUAGAGACAAUGUUUGCCAGCAAAUCCCCAGUGGAUGAAGCCUUUCUGUAUGCAAAGUUUGAGUUUGAGUGCCGGGCUCGUGGUGCUGACAUCUUGGCUUACCCCCCUGUUGUUGCUGGUGGCAACAGGUCCAACACUCUGCACUAUGUGAAGAACAAUCAGCUCAUCAAGGAUGGUGAACUGGUCUUGCUGGAUGGUGGAUGUGAGUCUUCCUGCUAUGUGAGUGACAUCACACGAACCUGGCCUGUCAAUGGAAGGUUCACCAAACCCCAAGCAGAGCUCUACCAAGCUGUCCUGGAUAUCCAGAAGUCCUGCCUGAGCCUCUGCUCCCCGGGUGUGAGUCUAGAAAAUAUCUACAGCCUCAUGCUCAGCCUUAUUGGACAGAAACUGAAGGAGUUGGGGGUCCUGAAGAGCAGUGUCACUGAGAGCCACUUCUUCAAGGCUGUUCGAAAGUACUGCCCACAUCACGUGGGCCAUUACUUGGGCAUGGAUGUUCAUGAUACCCCAGAUAUAUCCCGCUCGCUCCCGCUCCAGCCAGGCAUGGUGAUAACCAUUGAACCAGGGAUUUACAUCCCCGAGGAUGACCUGAGUGCCCCAGAGAGGUUCCGUGGCAUCGGCGUGCGCAUCGAGGAUGACGUGGUGAUAACAGAGGAGGCACCUCUCAUCCUCUCUGCUGACUGUCCCAAGGAGAUCUACCACCUCGAGCAGAUCUGCGCCCGCAGCUCCUGA